AUGGUCCAAAAACCCAUCGUUCUUCGACGUUUGUCUGCCCAUUUGCAAAAAUUCAUUGUAAAUUUAUUUGAAACGACAUCAGCGCACGGUUUACGGCACUUGGUCCACUACGGAGUGCACACCAUCGAAAGACUCGUGUGGAUCAGCUGCAUUUCGAUUGGUAUUUUUGGGGUGGUAGCGCUUGCCCAGCGCAUUUGGAACCGCUACCAAACUUCGCCGGUUGUCAUCUCAAUGGAUCGAAACAUGUACUUCUGGAACACGAGCUUCCCCAGCCUAACGGUUUGCUCGCACCGCCGAAUCGACGAACGUAAGGUUGAACAGUACAUUGAAGACCACCCGGACAAGUUUUCAGGUGAUGGAGAUCCCGAAGAUUUCAAAGAGUUUAUCAUUAAACUGGCCAAUGCGUCUUACGACACAUUUCUGGAUCUACCGAUGCACAACAGUUACGGAAUACCCAGUUCCGAUUACCUGGACCUCAUAUACAAUCUUUCAUGGCCAUUCCAACCGCUCAUUAGCACCGGUACUACUCUCCAUUUGGAACUUCAGCCCACCAUUACUGAGCUAGGACUGUGUUUGUCGGUCAACUCCAAGGUAGCCGAAUACAGCUCCUAUCACUAUUGGAAGAACUACAGAUGGGACAUCAUUCCAAGUAAACCGACCGUGGUAGUACACCCUCUGGACGGGGAGGUUUACGGGCAACUAAUUAAACUAGAAAAUUCCUAUGAGGUGUAUUUCCACGGUUACAUGGAAGUUCCUGAAGUGUCCAAGCGAAGAUACUCAUUCCUGGAGGCAUUCUACACCACUGUGGAGCUUCUCGCUUUGGAGAUCAAGACGUCACCGCAAGCAAUUGAAUUGUCAGUUUCGCAAAGAAAGUGUCGUUUCACUCACGAAGCUGAGGUUCUGCAGUUUAGUCCUGUUUACAGCUACAAUCUGUGUCGGAUGGAGUGUCGUAUGAGACUAGCGGUGAAGUAUUGCGGCUGUGUUCCGUACUUCUAUCGACAUGUUGACGAUAUAAAUCGCGAUCAAAUUCAUAGUCGAGAGAACAUGUACGCCUAUGCUUAA